UCCGCCGCUUUCCCGUCAGGCUCCGAGCCCGCCAGCGGCGCAAGAUGGCGGCGGACAGCGAUCCCGAGUCCGAGGUGUUUGAGAUCACGGAUUUCACCACCGCCUCCGAGUGGGAGAGGUUCAUUUCAAAAGUAGAAGAAGUAUUGAACGACUGGAAACUUAUUGGGAUUCCUUCAGGCAAACCUCUAGAAAAGGGUGUAUAUACCACAGGAACAUGGGAAGAGAAAUCUGAUGAAAUCUCAUUUGCAGACUUCAGGUUCUCCAUUACCCAUCAUUAUCUUGUGCAAGAACCUGGAGACAAAGAUGGGAAAGAAGAACUGGUAGAAGAUGCCCUUCCUCUGCCUAUGCAGGACUUGCUGUGCAUGAACAAUGAUUUUCCUCCCAGAGCUCACUGUCUGGUAAGAUGGUACAGCUUGCGUGAGUUUGUGGUUAUUGCUCCAGCUGCAAACAAUGACGCAGUUCUCAGUGAAUCCAAGUGUAACCUUCUGCUGAGUUCCAUUUCCAUUGCACUGGGGAAUACUGGCUGUCAAAUACCACUAUUUGUGCAAAUACAUCAUAAGUGGCGACGAAUGUAUGUUGGGGAAUGUCAGGGUCCAGGAGUUCGAACUGACUUUGAAAUGGUUCAUCUUCGCAAAGUGCCAAGUCAGUAUACUCAUUUAUCAGGAUUACUGGAUAUCUUCAAAUCCAAGAUUGGAUGCCCUUUAACACCACUGCCUCCAGUUAGCAUGGCAAUUCGGCUUACAUAUGUGCUUCAAGACUGGCAGCAGUAUUUCUGGCCACAGCAGCCACCAGAUAUUGAUGCUCUGGUUGGGGGAGAAGUUGGAGGCCUUGAGUUUGGAAAGUUACCAUUUGGUGCCUGUGAGGAUCCCAUAAGUGAGCUUCAUUUAGCUACCACAUGGCCUCACCUAACAGAAGGUAUAAUUGUGGACAAUGAUGUUUAUUCUGAUCUGGAUCCUAUGCAAGCACCCCAGUGGUCUGUGAGAGUCAGAAAAGCAGAUAACCCUCAGUGUCUGUUGGGUGACUUUCUUACUGAAUUCUUCAAGCUUUGCCGUCGGAAGGAGUCAACAGAUGAGAUACUUGGAAGGUCUACAUUUGAAGAGGAAGGAAAAGAGGUUGGUGAUAUCAGCCAUGCCCUGUCAAAGCUGACAGAGCCAGCACCAGUCCCAAUCCAUAAAUUAUCAGUCACAAAUAUGGUUCACAGUGCAAAGAAAAAAAUCCGCAAACACAGAGGUGUGGAUGAAUCACCUUUAAACAAUGAAGUUCUGAACACCAUUCUUCUGUUCUUAUUUCCUGAUGCUGCUGACAAACUUUCAGAUGGAUUUGAAAGCAGAACUAGCACAUCAGCAGGAAACAAUCCUCCUCCAGAGAAUGAAGAUUAUAAUCUCUUCAGUCAGUUUAAAUCUGCUCCUUCUGAUAGCCUCACAUACAAACUAGCUUUAUGUCUUUGUAUGAUAAACUUCUACCAUGGAGGAGUAAAAGGAGUGGCACAUCUUUGGCAAGAAUUUGUGUUGGAAAUGCGGUACAGAUGGGAGAACAACUACCUUAUUCCAGGAUUAGCUAAUGGCCCUCCAGAUCUGAGAUGCUGUUUACUUCAUCAGAAACUUCAGAUGUUAAAUUGUUGCAUUGAAAGAAAGAAAGCAAGAGAUGAGGGGAAAAGGGGAAGUGUGUCUGAUCGUUCACCUGGUAGUUCUGGUGAUGCUGGAAAAGGGGCUGAGCAGCCUGGAGAUAACCCUGAUAAGGAAAAAGAAGUUGGCAAGUCCUGGGAAUCAUGGAGUGACAGUGAAGAGGAAUUUUUUGAGUGUCUGAGUGACACAGAAGAUCUUAAAGGCAACGGGCAGGACAAUGGAAAGAAAGGAGCAAAGGAAGGCAACAAAGAGCCUGUGAACUUCAAACCAGAGGGUCGUCUGCAUCCACAUGGGAAGCUGCUGAUGCUGCUGCAUCCAGGAGAGCCUCUCUACAUCCCAAUAACACAGGAACCAGCCCCCAUGACUGAGGACUUGCUGGAGGAGCAGUCUGAGGUUCUGGCAAAACUGGGGACAUCAGCAGAGGGUGCUCACCUUCGGGCACGCAUGCAGAGUGCCUGCCUGCUCUCAGACAUGGAGUCUUUCAAGGCAGCUAAUCCUGGCUGUUGUCUGGAGGAUUUUGUGAGGUGGUAUUCCCCUCGGGAUUACAUUGAAGAGGAAGUGGUUGAUGAAAAGGGCAACAUAGUAAUUAAGGGGGAGCUGAGUGCCCGAAUGAAGAUUCCCAGCAACAUGUGGGUAGAGGCCUGGGAGACAGCGAAACCAGUGCCAGCCCGGAGGCAGAAGAGACUCUUUGAUGACACCAGGGAGGCAGAAAAGGUGCUUCAUUACCUGGCCAUUCAGAAACCAGCUGACCUUGCAAGGCAUCUCUUGCCUUGCAUCAUCCAUGCAGCUGUACUCAAGGUAAAGGAAGAAGAAGCACUAGAAGAUAUAUCUUCAGUUAAGAAGAUGAUUAAGCAGAUAAUAUCCCAUUCCAGCAAAGUUCUGCGAUUCCCUAGUCCAGAGGACAAGAAAUUGGAGGAAAUCAUAGCUCAGAUUAUGAGUGUGGAAGCUAUCAUCGCCAGGGCCAGGUCUCUGAAAGCAAAAUUUGGGGUAGAGAAAUGUGAAAAUGAGGAGGAGAAAGAUCUACAAAGAUUUGUCAACUGCCUCCUGGAGCAGCCAGAAGUGUCAGUUAUUGGUGCAGGAAGAGGACCUGCUGGCAGCAUUAUUCACAAGCUGUUCCUGAAUGCUCAGAGGGCGCCUGCAGCACCUCCUCCUGACGAGGAGCUGAGGAGAUCGGGUUCCUCAGAGGAGCGCAGACAGCCCCCUGCAGGGGCUGUUUCAGAUUUCCCCCCUCCCACGGGCCGGGAGGUGAUCCUGCGCGCCACCGUCCCCCGACCCGCCCCCUACUCCAAGCCGCUCCCCCAGCGCAUCUACAGCGUGCUGACCAAGGAGGAUUUCCGGCUGGCAGGUGCCUUUUCAGCAGACACCACCUUCUUCUGAUGUCACAAACAAAAAACCUUCUUUUUGUCCUUCUGGGAAGUUAAGGCUUUUGCAGACAGCGGCGAGGAGACCAGGACAAAGCUGAACUGGCAGCUGAAAAGGAUGCUGCAGGGACUCUGAGCUGGAGGUCUGGGAUGGCUUCACAAGUGGUUUUAAUCAGAUCUUCAGGGAAGAAAGUUUUAACCAUCUCUGCUCUCUGCCCAAAGGAUGCUGUUGUUUUUUCUUUGCAUUAUCUUGUUUAAUACAGGACAUGAAUGGGCUGUAUGCAAUUAUUUCAUGUUGAAAUUCAUGCAGAAUGUGCUGCUUUACAGUUCUCAAUCAGACUUUAUCAAGUGACAUUGGUCUACUUAAAUUGAUGUGCAGACAUUAAGUAAUUUGUAUUUAUUGCUAAUCAUUAAUAUUGAGCCCAAUAUCUUUUGGUUAAUCACUAAGUUGCAAAUGCCUCUAAAAUUCUUUAGUUUAAACCAUACAGUACAUGUGCUAAACUCUCCUAGCAUUGCAGUUGUCCACCAGGAUCUUGUCUUGGAUGCUUCUCUUAAACAGAAAUAAAUAUAUUUGGGGUUGUAAGUGGACAGUAAGCCUGAUAGCCUUAAGUGGACCACUGAUGCUUUUGGAAAGUUUGGCUCUUGCAGAGAGGGAAGGAUAUAAAACUCU